UUCCCUGGUUUUGUACCUUUUCUGCCACAUUUUGAGGUUUUUCCUCCCCAUCCCAACAGUUUUUCCUUCAUCCCGAUAUUUUGCCCCGAUCCCAGUAUUUUUCUGCCUCAUCUCAGUAUUUUUUCCCCCUUUUCAUUAUUUUUCAAGCCUUUCUCGGUGUUUUUUCAGCCCAUCUGGGUAUUUUUCUGCCUCAUCCCAGUAUUUUUCCAUCCCAUUUAAUGAUUUUUCCAUCCAAUCCCGCUGCUUUUCCAUCUGGAUUGGCUUUGCAAGGCCAUAUUCCAGCAGGCUCGAGGGCUGGAUUCCACAGGAAGCUGCCAGCAGAGUAUCCUGUGUCCGACCGAUCCCGUCAUGAACAGCGGCAACACCUCUGGAAGAGGAAUGAAGUUUGAAGAAACCAAUCAUAGCACAGCUGCAAUUCUGGAGCAGGAAUUUGCGAAAGGAACAACUCCAGAGAUUAUUCCAAGGUGCUGGAGUGGAAAUUCCCAAAAUUCCUUGGUGCAUCCAAAAGGAAGCUCAUCCUGGAGCUGCAUGUGGGGAAGAACAUGCAGAUCCAUGGAAGAAGGAGCAGAUUCCUGGCAGGAAUCCUACAGUGCUCCUUUUGGAGCAGGAUAUUCCCAAAAUAUUGAUCCCUUGGAAAAGUCCAUGCAGAAUUGUGUUCCAUGGGAACAACACACUGGAGAAAUCCAAGCAAAACUCUUGCCCUGGGAUGCCCCCGGCUCCUCGCACUGCUGGAGGGAUUGAGGGAAAGCCGGGAAAGAGUGAAUUGGGGAAGGGGAAAGUUGGAUUUGGGGUCUUAUUAUCCUUCUGGGAUCCCAUUGGAAAUAAACUCAUCCUAUCCCAGAUCCUGAGUCUGUUGUGCCCGGACGGGAUUUCCUGAGGGAUCUUUCCUGAUCCUUAUCCUGAUCCAUGAAUCCUCCAGGUUUUCCUUCAUUUCCACCUAAUUUUGGAGUUUUUCCAUCUAAUUCUGGUGGUUUUCCACCUCAUUCUGGGGUUUUUUCACUUUUUACCACUGUGUUUCCACCUCAGUUUUGCAGGAUUUUGGAGCAUGGAUUUUUUUCUUCCUUUGUCCAGUGUUUUUCCCCAUCAUCCCAGUGUUCUUCCACCUCAUUUUUCUGUUUUCCCCCUCAGUGUGGGAUUUUUUCCGUCAUCCCAUUCUUUUUCCCCUCACUCCGGUGUUUUCCCCUUUAUUUUGGUUGUUUUCCAACUCAUUUUGAGGUUUUUUUAUUGCCAUACCCUAGUAUUUUCCCUCUUAUCCUGGUGUUUUUCCAACUCAUUUGGGUAUUGUAUUUUACUCUAUUCUUUUUCACUUCAUUUUGUUAUUUUCCCCUCAUCCCAUUAUAUUUCCUCUCAUUCUGGUGUUUUUGUCCUCAUUCAGGUUGUUUUCCACUUCAUUUUGGGCAGGUUUUUUUGCCUUAUCCCAAUAUUUUACCUCUCAUCCUGGUGUUUCUACACCUCAUUUUGGUACUUUGGGCCUUAUUCCGCUCUUUUCUUACCUUUUUCCACUUUGGUAUUUUCCCCCUCAUCUUGGUGGUUUUCUGCCUCAUUCUUCUGUUUUGGGUCUUAUCCGGUCAUAUUUCUACAUAAUUUUGGUUUUUUCCCCCUUAUCACUGUUUUCCCUUCCUCCCGAUGUUUUUCCACCACAUUUUCUUAUUUUUUGCUUCAUCCCAGUGUUUUUCCACCAAGUCUUGUUGCUUUUCUGCCUCAUUUUGGUGGGGUUUUAGCAGAUUUUGGAGGUUUUCCCCUCAUCCUGCUGCUUUUCUGCAGCAUUUUGCUGUUUUACCACCUCACCUCAGUGGUUAUCCACCAAAUUUUGGCAUUCGGGCCUUAUUCUUUCGGGUUUUUGCCUCAUUUUGUUUUCGCCCUCAUCCUGUUAUUUUCCCGCUUAAUUUUGUUGUUUUUUUCCACCUCAUUUAACAUUUUUUCCCCCUCAUCCUGGUACUUUUUCCCUCUUCCCACUAUUUUUCCACCAUGUCCUAGGUGUUUUAGUACCUCAUCCCAGUGAUUUUUGACUCAUCCUGAUAUUUUCCUACUAAUUUUCCAACUUUUUCCUUCAUCCUGCUGCUUCUCCGGUGCCUGUGGGGCUUUGAGGGCCUAGAGGGAAAAAAGGUGGAAAACAGAGCUGGUGGUGAGGGGGCACCUAUAGGGGAUCUAUGAGGGCCCACAGCGCCAGGAGAUUGAUAGAUUUUUAUUUGUUUUGGCAGUUUUGAAGCUUCAAUAUCCCCAAAUUUUCUCCGAAACUCACUGCAGGUUGCCUGUGGAGCCUCCUCGAUGUCAGCCUGGAAAGAAAAAUGGCCUGGAAUUGGGGAAUAGAUGAUUAAUGAGUAUUUGCAGCUUGUUGGGAUUUGGGGUUUUUAUGGAUUUGAGUUUUUGGAGGAGGUUUUGGGUUUUUUGGAGUUGGGGAUUUAGGUGUUUUUGGGAUUUGGAUUUUUUACGGUAUGGAGGUUUUUAUGCGGUGGAAUAUGGUACUUGGGGUUUUGGGGGGUAUUAGAG